UAACUGUUGUUGAUGGGGUAAGGCCUGGUUGGCACCCCUGGUUGACACCCCUGGUUGGCACCCCUGGUUGGCACCCCUGACUGGCACCCCUGGUUGGCACCCCAGGUUGGCACCACUGGCUGACACCACUGGCUGACACCUCGUGUGGGUGAACUCGACACAAUCAUGUCUCAGGAAGCUGAAUCGACGCAGAACGUUCCGAAGGUCCCGCAGGCGUGCGAGGUGCCGCAGUGCAGAGUAGCGGCGGUAGUGCCUGCGGCCGGAUGCGGCCUGCGGAUGGAUAACUUCACCCCCAAGCAAUACCUACAGGUGUGUGGGCGGCCGUUGGUGGUGCAUUGCCUGGUGGCGCUGACGCAGGUGGAGUGGGUGUCGCGGGUGGUGGUGGUGGCCGAUGACCUGGUGAGGAUGCAGGGCGUGGUGCAGCAGGCGCGCCUCGCUAAGGUCACUGUCGUACAGGGUGGAGGGAGUCGUCACCGGUCGAUCAUGACGGGAUUGGAAGCUCUGGCAGACGAUCCGCCAGAUGUGGUCGUAGUUCACGACGGCGUGCGACCUCUCCUGCCUCUCUACACGCUCGCCCAGGUGGUGUCGGCGGCCGAGCGGUACGGGGCUGCGGGUGCCGUGCGGCCUCUGGUCUCCACUGUGGUGAAGCCAGACUCCAAGGGAUUCCUGCAGGAGAGCCUCGUCAGGAACCACUACCGCAACUCCGAGAUGCCGCAGGCCUUCAGCUACACCAUGCUGCGGGAGGCCUACCGCAGGUGUAGCGAAGAGGAGCUGGAGCAUGGCACUGAGUGCCUAGCUGUGGCCCUGCACCACGCCGGGGUCAUACCCAAGCUGGUGCCAGGCACCCCACACCUGUGGAAGGUGACAGAGGAGCGGGACCUGGUGGUGGCUCGCUCGGUGAUGCCUCGACACACACGAGGUGUCGCCCUUGUGUGUCGCGCCCUCCAGGCUUCCUCCUCCCACCCGCAGGUGCGGCAGGGUAAUGAAGACACACCAGAAGCAUCACGUUCACACAAGACGCCGUCAGAGACUGAUAAGACUGCUCAGUGUUAUCAGGUUUCUGUUGGUCUGGACGUUGCCGCGACUCACAGAAACCAAACUGACAGUCAUUGUUCAAAGUCCGACGUUGACCUCCAUAGCAACAUAGAUCUUAAGUGUGACAGCGAGUGUUUGUAUGUGAUCACGACUUUGGAAAGUUCGCUCAGGAGUAAUUCCAAGCAUCUGUACCUGUUAAGUGAUUUUGAUCAUAGGUCAGCGUCCAGCUCGGCUGUGAUCGUAGUCUCUGUCCUGGACACUGUGGCGGAGUGGCGCUCGCGCCUCCAGGGCAUCGCUCAAGGGAUUGGGGAAGGAGUCUGCACUGCUGUUCUCAUAUUCACACUGAGGACAAAGGAAUGUGACGAGACUUUAACAAACGUUACAGUGCUUCAAAAACAGUUGAGAGAGAUAUUUAAGGAGCAUCUGACUAGCGUAACAGCACUCUUGCAGACUUCUUGCCCUACGUCUUCCACUCACUCAGACAAAUCAGAGUGCCAAGGGGCUGAGAAGAAACACUAUGAACAAAACUCUCCAAACUCUGCACAAACAUUGGAACGUCAAAUCUGCCAGUAUCCAUCUGCUGGUCUCGAAAACUGUGAGGAGAGUAGCCGGCUGGUUAAAUUGGUCAACACCCUCUUGGAUCAGACCACCAGAUGCUUCCACGGACAGAUCCUGGUGUUGUGAGGCGGACAGGGGGCGUACCGUACAACUUAGAUACGCCAAGUACAUUCCUUUUUCAGUAUCCGAAUCUCGGGCUACCUCGCACGGUCUCUGCAAUAUCCUCUCGUUUAUGCCCUGCUUUGACUGUCACCUCUCGGGAGGGCACUAUUCCCUCUCGCCAUCUUCCUUUUCCUGUAAAGAAGACUUAUUUGCAAGAUUGCCUCUCGGUUCACAGUUGCAAUAUCUCCUUGUGUUGUUCCAAUCUUGCCCCCAUGGAGGGAGAAUCCUAUUUGCCAAGGUUUGCAAGGCCUUGACCCACAUGGUGAAGGCUUAUACUGUACCUCUACCUCUGUUUCUCUGGACACGUCUCUCACUGUUGGUAGGUGGCACUGUACCUCUACCUCUGUUUCUCUGGACACGUCUCUCACUGUUGGUAGUUUGCUCCAAGUCCGCCGACAGUGUUGGCUAUUUCGUAGUCUUUCCUGACCAAUUUGUAUGCGACGCGGAGACUAGCAUCUUUAGUAUCGGCCACACACACUUAACUCGCUGUCACUUACUGGAACGUCUUCCGGAUCCUUAUUGUCCGAAGUCCAUCGUCUCGUUGACAGUCGUGCACCUCCUUGUAGAAUGUCCAGAUUUUCAGGCCGAUCGUGUCUUAGGCUUUCCUGAUAUCAUUCAGGAUCUCUUGGCACUCGAUAGAAUGCUUGGUGAAUCCGAUACCUUUGAUAUCGCUUAUUUUGUGUCCUUUUGUUCUGGUAUUGGCAUCCUAAAUGACAUUUAGCAUCUUUUGAAUCUCUCGCAACUUUGAUGGUGCUACAUAGUCUCCCCGGCUUGAUGUCUUUGUUUCAUAAUUACUUAUCCGUCCCUCAGAGACUUUAAUUUCUCUAAAGUACGGUCUGAGGCAGCAUUUUUCCUCCAAUAUUUCAGCCUCCAACAUUCAUUACAAGACAAAGGAUUUAACACAACAUUUCCAUUAAUCCAAUGUUUGUUUCUCUUCCAAGUUAUAUUGAAAUGGUCUGUAAGAACACCCUGUCCUUGCGUGGAACAGCAUAUAUCUUGAGGUUAUCUUGAGAUAAUUUCGGGUCUUAGUGUCCCCGUGGCCCGGUCCUCGACCAGACCUUCACCCCCAGGAAGCAGCCCGUGACAGCUGACUAACUCCCAAGUACCUAUUUA